AUGAAUGACGAUGAUGCAGCGCUUGAGGAGAAGAAGACGUUACCAUUAGUACUCUCGCCGACCACGAAUCUGUCUCUUCCUGAUGAUAUACUUUUGAGCUCCCUAAGUCGCAUUUCGAGGUUGUACUACCCAACUUUUUCACUCGUCUCCAAGAGUUUCCGCUCUCUCGUUACUUCGCCAGAGCUUUAUCAGACCCGGUCUGUCCUUGGCCGCACCGAAAGUUGUUUAUACGUGUGCUUACGAUCACUUACCGACUCUAACCUCCGAUGGUUCACCCUCUCCCGGGUACCGAAUCGAAAACUAACUAAUUUCUCAGGUGGACAUUUAUUGGUCCCAAUUUUAUCUAGACAUGCUCCUCCUGCUCAUUGGUCAAGUGUGGUCGCGGUUGAUUCUAAUAUCUACGCUAUUGGAGGGCCCAUCAACGAUGCGCCUUCCUCUAGUGUCUCGUUUUUGGAUUGUCAGUGUGACUCAUGGCGCAUAGCUCCACCUAUGCGGGUGGCUCGGAACUAUCCCACUGCGAGCGUUCUUGAUGGGAAGAUAUACGUAGCAGGAGGCUGCGAAGAUUGUGAUUCGUUGAAUUGUAUAGAGGUUUUUGACCCAAAGAUCCAAACUUGGGAGUCUGUGGCAAGUCCUGGCACUGAGAGAUGCGAGAGACUUGUGUACAAAAGCGUAGGGAUCGAAGGAAAGUUUCAUUUGUUUGGGGGUGCAGGUCAUGUUGCUUACGACCCGAAAGACGGUAAAUGGGACUCCAUUGGGAUGGAUAUGGAUAUGGGUCAAGCAUGGGUUUCUUAUUGUGUGAUAAAGAAUAUAGUGUUCUAUUAUCAUGAUAGAGAUAGAGAGUUUAAAUGGUAUGAUUAUGAAGCAAGGUUGUGGAGAAAACUGAUGGGUUUAGAGCGACUAAUUAAGUUUUUGUGCUAUAGCCGUGUUAACUUGGCGGAUUAUGGUGGAAAGAUGGCGGUUUUAUGGGACACUUUUGUGCCUUCUAGUGGCUCUAAAAACAAGAUGAUUUGGUGCGUAGAGAUCACGCUUGAAAGACACAAUGACUCAAACGAGAUUUGUGGUAAGAUUGAGUGGUUUGAUGUUGUGCUUAGAGUUUCCAAAUCAUAUGAAUUGGUUCAUGUUGUUGGUGUUACAGUUUGA